UUAAUUUUUUUAACAAUAACGUCUGAAAGUUCUGAGCAUAGAAACGAACAGUUCGGGCUAGGUCCGAUAACGGGCUUUUAUUUCAUUUUUAUUUUUCCCAUUCUUAAUUUUUGAGUAAUCGAUAUUUUAUUCCGCGAAUAUCUGCCGCAGCAGGUUACUCGAAGCGUGUUUAAUUUGUGCUUGAAUGAAUUAAGAAACUGAACACUGCAAAAAGAAACUCAUUGACAUGGUAUACUCAGAAUCAUUAUUCAAUAAUUCUUAAAACCUGCAUAACUGCAUUCCAAUACGAAUAAUUAGAUUUAAUAACUUUGAUGAUCUGAUCUGCCGGUCAAAGGUUAUAACAAAUUGAAAAUAUUUUUUUAAGUGGAAAUUGUCGAAAGAGGAAAUUGUCCUUCUUGAAAACUGUAAGAGAUAAAAAUUUCUAAAAUAAGUCGAGUAAUGUAAUGUAAUAAUAUAUCGGCUACGAAAUCAAAAAGAGUAAGGAUUGUACGUCGGACGGUGUUCGAAAAUAAUGAGGAAUCAACAAAUCACUGACAAUAACGUCAUGACUCCUCUUAAGACUGAACACACAGAGGAAAACGAGGACACCGCGAGUGGCAGUCCGUUGAAAGUCCGGGUUUUCAAAAGACGGUGGCUUCAGCUAUUCUUGUAUGUCUUAUGCAGUGUAUGCAGCAGCUAUCAAUAUCCUCAAUUCACGAUCAUCGGCCAUAUAAUAAGCUUCAGGUACUACGAUGUCUCGGUGUUAGCGGUAGCAUCGACCAGCAUCGUGUUGAUGGUGUCCUACUCAGUUUUCUUCUUCCCUGCCUUGUUUUUGACGGAACGGAUAGGCCUGAAAUGGACGGUCGUGAUAGGCUCCGUAUUAACGUGUCUCGGAGCUUGGAUUAAGGUCUUUUCAGCAGCCCAAGAUCGUUUUCCGGUGCUGCUGACAGGGCAGGCCAUGGUCGCCGUAAGCCAGGUUUUCAUUGUUCCUGUGCCGGGAAAAUUGGCAGCUGUCUGGUUUGGAAAAGACCAACUCGCCUUCGCAACCGCCAUCGGCUGUUACGCAGUUCACGCCGGCUUGACGAUCUGCUUCCUCACCAUUCCGACUUUCGUCAGAAAUCACGACGACGUCGAGGAAAUCGGGCCUGAAUUGUCCGCCACUUACUGGAUACUCGCGAUUGCAUGUACCGUUGUAACAUUGGCUGUACUUGUUUUUUUUCAGAACGAACCUUCUGUGCCACCGAGCGAGUCGCGGGCGCUUCAAAAAUCCACGUACGAACGUCUAGAUAAAGGAGUUUUAAUGUCGGUAAAAAAAUUAGUAACGAAGAACAGGAAUUUCGUCAUUCUUUGGAACUCCUAUGGUUUGAUUAUUAGCGUGUUUUACUCAACGGCAACAGUUUUGAAUCCAUUGAUCUUAACUCACUUCAAGAACAGCGAAGUUGAAGUUGGAAUAAUGAAUAUGUUGCAAUGCAUUCUGGGGACCACAGGUUCGGUAAUCAUCGCAUCAGUUCUUGACAAAACGAAGAAAUUUAGAGUCAUCGCCAUCACCGUGAGCAGUUCAUCCGUACUUUGCGAAAUACUUUUCGCUGUGACCUUGAACUUGGAAAUUCAAUGGACGGUGUUUUUGUCAACUUCGCUUUACGGCAUUGCCCUCACGAGUUUUAAUGCGAUCGGAUUUGAAUUAUGCGCCGAAGCGACUUACCCCGAGUCUCAGGCAUUGUCAACGGGGAUUUUGAGCAUAGCGGGCCAAAUUUACGGUGUUUUCAUAAGUCUCGUUGUCGUCAAGCUGAUGGACGUCUACGGAGAUACAGCUGGACACGCCGCCAUUCUCGUAAUUCUCAGCCUGGGAACUCUGUUGACAGUAUUGAAUAAAAUUGAUCUGCGUAGGCAAAAAGCUGAAGAAUAUGCCGCGCGAUAUAAUGCGCUAAGCCAAGGAGUGUCAGAUGAAAUCGUUAAGUGAUGUUGAUUCUAUCAGCCUUCUUCCACGAUUCGAGUUCGCUCUCAUUAUUACAAAUGACAACCCACGAGAGUAAUUGCUUGAAACUUCUUCUUGACAGAAGCGAAAUGUUUUCGUCAGCCGCAAAUUAAUCAUCAAGAAUUGAGCGUCGUAGAGAUCGGGCAUCGAGAUAAUUUAUACUCACGAAGUUCGUUGAUUCUUUGCAUUUGGAGAGUGUUGGAACAAUUUCAGUACUCUGGAUUUGUGCGUGAAGAUUCAUUGAACGGAAUAAAUUAACUUUAUCGGGUUCCGUGUGCGAUUUUCGUGCGGUACCAAUGUCAAGGGGAAUUAUACGAAUGAAAAUUCCUAACAUUUUUUGUC